AUGAUCAAGCCAGAGCAAUACUACUUUUCUCGUGUGCGGUCAUUAACAAUCAUUUCUGCAGAAGAUUGUCGUCGACCGGCUAUCGGCGGGCAAGGAUUUCAAUUUUUGGGAACAUUAGUUGAUAUAACGAAAAUCGAACAUUUAAAUAUUUCAGUUAAAGUGCAAAUCAAAGAAUCAACUGGAUUUCUGCGAUUUUUACAAGGAUUACCCCGAUUAUCAUCACUGACAAUUUCCAUUGGAGCGUUGAAUUAUUUUCAUUUCAAUGAUGAACUACGUGAUUACCUAAGUAAAACUAUUAAACACCUACAGAUUUAUAAAUACUGCCCAACUACCUUUCGAUAUUAUGGAAUCCGCGAUUUGUGCGAAAUGUUUUCCAAUCUCGAACAAUUAAAAUGUGUACAUCUCGCUCAAGCCAAUGAUUUGUUAUUUUUAUUGGAGCAUUUACCGAAAUUAACUAGUUUAACAGCUUAUCUAUGGUUUGUUAAAGAUGAUAAUCAUUUUUAUUCGUGGUUUAUCAAAGCAACACAGAAUUUCAAUAUUAUUUUCGAUCUUAAACC